AUGGCUUUUCGUUUCCAUCACCUUUCUCUUUUAUGUAUUUUAAGCGUUGCUAUAAUUUUGCUUUCAACAGCAUCCGCCGAUUUUCAAGAUCCUCCAGGACAUACAUGCAUACAUAAAUGCAAAGAUACAACUGAUGGAGUUUGCUAUAAAAGUUGCUAUGCAAUGGGUUUUAAAUCUGGUGGAGAUUGUUUUUCUGACAAUUCAGAUAAUUCGUUUUGUUGUUGUAUCAAAAAUAAAUAG